AUGCCUGACCUCUCCAGUCUUCUCUCGGAAUCCCGCAAAAGCCCUUCUAUGAUCCAUCAUGUUCAUUUCACGUCUUCCAAAUCGAGGGCUUACGUGAUCAUAUCAGGUUGUGUAGAUCAUAUGUCAAAUGCCGUCUUACAGAUCUGCGUAACUCAUUUUGUUCAUCAUAUUGGGCCAGCCGGACUGGCUUCUGCACAAAACCCCGCGCAGACUUGCAGAUAUGACAAGAUGUCCUCGCCCUUGUCCUUGGUUUACGGACCACGCUCUCCUCCUCUAUGGAACAAAACACUGGCAGAUCUGAUCCAUGAACAGGAGCUCAACGCCUUGUUGGCCAAGGCUCUACUGGGCGGAGGCUUCAAGCGCGGUGACUGCGUGGGCAUCAUGGCUGGGAAUUGUUACCAGUACAUCGAGGUAUUCCUUGGAGCUGGGCGUAUCGGCUGUCCCGUCGCUGUCUUUAACAAUACAUUUUCGCCUCGAGAAUUGAAGGCAAUGAUUGAGCGCACCGAAGUCUGCAUCAUUAAUAAUGGUCGCUACCUGGGCCUCGCAAUGGAACUUACGGAAGAGGACGUCUUGUGUAGCCCGCCGCCGUUGUUUCAUGCCUUCGGCCUCGUCAUAGGCUUCCUGACAUCGUUUUGCCACGGUAGCAAGAUUGUCUUUCCAGCCUCGACAUUUGACGCAAGUGCGGCUGUCGAUGCUAUAGUUCAGGAAAAGACAACAGCACUGCUCGGCGUGCCAUCUAUGCUGUUGGCUAUCCUCGAGGAACUACAAAAGACACCUCGGCGUAUCGAGACGGUACGCACCGGAAUGUGUGGAGGCUCAGCAGUAUCCCCGGCCCUUAUACGUCGGCUGGAACAGGAGAUGAGCCUCCCGCACAUGCUUUCCGCGUUCGGCAUGACUGAGACCGGCCCAGUAACCUUCGCUACCUCGAUUGAGGACACCCGUAACAAUAUUCUCGGUACUGUGGGCCAGGUGCUUCCACACUUUGCCGCCAAAGUAGUGGAUGGCGAGGACAAUAUCGUGCCACGUGGGACGCGGGGCCACAUCUGCACAAGCGGGUAUGGGCUGCAGCAAGGUUACUGGAGGGACGAAGCCCAAACAGCACAGGCUAUGAAGUCAGACGCGGACGGGGUUAGGUGGAUGUAUACCGGCGACGAAGGCUUUCUUGAUCAAGCCGGAUAUAUGCACAUCACUGGCCGUAUCAAGGACAUAAUUAUUCGAGGCGGUGAGAAUAUCUCACCUAUUGAGAUUGAGGACCGUCUGCUCGAGCACCCUGGCGUUAAUGAAUGCUGUGUGGUAGGCCUGGAGGAUUCUCUGUACGGCGAAGUAGUGUCCUGCUUCCUGGGAAGUUCCGGGGGAACACGACCGGAUGACCAAGAGAUACGAUCCUGGGUCACGGCAGAAAUGGACCACACCAAGGCUCCUCGUUAUAUCUUCUGGCUCGGAGAAUCGGACGUUGGCGAGGAAUUGCCCAAGACAGGCAGUGGCAAGUAUCAGAAGCAUUUGAUACGCGCUCAAGGCAAUGCGUUGGUGGUGAAGAGACGUAAUGUCCGGCCGAAGCUAUGA